AUGAAAGGAACAUAAGAAACAUGGAAUAAGCUAUUUGCUUAUAAAUCUGGAUCUAGUGAUAAUUUACAUCUAAUCAAUGUUAUCACAGUGCAUCAGCAACUUAAAAUGAUUCAUGUCAAAUUAAAACAUGCAAAUUGGCUACAAACUAAACAGAUGGUACAUGCGGAUCAUUUUUAGAAGGUUGUUUCUAUAAUGGAAAUGGAGGAUGUUUUGAUCCAAAAGCUGGUGAUACAACUUGUGCAAGUUAUACAGGUGUUUUAGAAUUUUGUGAAGCUGCUGUUUUUGGAAGUAAUAGUAUUAAAUAUUAUUUUGGAAGAUCUACUUCAGCUGCAUGCAGUGUGAGAUAAUGUACAGAUAAUACUACAGCCACAAAGAAUGA